AAUUGAAAAAAAAAAAAAAAAUUGCUGGAAAAGAUGCACCUGAAGAAGGCGUUCUGGAGCGAUAGCCAGAACACGGAAACGCAGAAUCAAUCGCCGUCGGCCAUUACUGAACUGGUUAACUCGCUCGAUAAGCAACGUCUUUACAGAGAGGUCACGCUUGCUCUACGGACCGGACUCAGAGACACCAGAGCUGAGUUUUCGUUUCUCCGAGUCCGAGGUCUUCGAAACAUUCUCAAAUUCCUCCGAUCUGUGGCCGAAUCCGAUUCUACAAUCAACCUCUUUUACCAUAGUCAAUCCAUUCCUGAUCUCCAAGUGGUACCAGUUCUAUUCCAAUAUUCACUACGAGAAUUUGAAGAGCAAAUGGUGACAAGCUUGGAUCAUAUAUUUGGCACAAAACCGAUGAAAAUAACUAGUCCUUCAACUGAUGCUGAAGUUGCACUUGCACUUCGAGUUUUAGAAGGAUGUUGUUUACUCCACAGAGAAAGCACAGGUCUUGCCCUUCAAAAUAAAGCAAUCAAGGUUUUAAUGAACAUAUUGUCAACUCGAGGAGUGCUUGAGCAAGGUGCAUGCUUGGAUGCUUUGAUCUCAAUAAUGUUGGACUCAUCAGCCAAUCAAAUGGACUUUGAAAUAUGCAAUGGGAUGGAAGAAGUUGCAUUGCUUUUAAGAGACAAACAAAUAGAUGAAAAUCUGAGGUUAAAGUGCGGAGAGUUUUUAUUGUUGGUGAUUGGGCAUGUAAAUGGGAGGGAAAGAUCCCCGAUGGCAACAGUACAUGAAGAUAUAAGGCGUCUUUUGGGUGAGAAAUCUGCAUCAUUGAUUUGGGCUGCAAGUCAGUUUGGUUCAACUCUUGACCCAGAACAGAGACUCACAGCUCUACACAUUCAAGCUCGUCGUGUUCUUGAGUCAAUCGAUCUCUACUGACUGACUUCAAAUCAUGGUUAGCCCAUUCGGUCCAAAAAUGUCAUUUCUCAAUGUUGCCACCUAAAGCAGCAACAACCCGCCAGCCUAGAUUAGAUUAGAUUGUUUUGGUCUGAUUACCUGUUUCAAGUUAUGUUAUAUUAUCCUGUGUGAAAUAUCAAACAUGUGUUUACUCUAAUUAUAUAUUAUUAUUAUUUAUUUAUUCAUAAUGUACUAGUGUUUGUUUGGA